AUGUAUCCUCUAAGCAUCCUCCUCAUCAUCGGUAUCACCACCGAUAUAGUCGUCGCAGAGACCAAAUGCAAGCCGCCGGGCUGGAUUGAACGGAUGACCCGUAAUGAUGGCGUGGAUUAUGUCUAUAAACAUUUUAAUGCUCAUAUCCAUGACAACAUCGGCACUCUCGAAUCGGUACCUAUCGAAGACUUUAAGGCUUGUUCAGGUCAGGAGGAGCCCUUUGAGCCUGGCCAGGAAGUAAAGUACAUGAUCCCAGAUGAACUUCUAACACCCAACGCUACCAACCUGAAGGGAGGAUACGUCGUAUGCCGGGAAGACGGCUCUAUUCUCAAGAGUGACGAAAUAAGCGCCAUCGAAAAGUUACAAAUGGAGUCCUGCGGCACAUGGCAUGGAAUAUGGGGGAAACACGUAGGAAGCCCGCGUAAAGAAUUCAGUCAUGGCCACAGCGAAGCAUUUCAAUGUGACUAUACCUCUUUGGUCCAUAUGUAUAAGCACCAGACAUGCAACCCAGAAGUCCUUGCAGUAAUGUUGUUGCUUGUUAACCGAUUCUGUCAUAAUUAUCCCGGUUGGUUUUCUAUGGAGUCGUGGGACGUCACAUAUGGUCGGCAACGUAGAGAGGAUAAAAAGCCCUGCUAG